AAAGGAGGGAACUUAAGUGGACCUAGGUGGACUUUAAAGUUGCCCCCUAUCACGAGACACGGUUUGUACCGUAAGGUCGGUGUAAACAACCGGAGACAUGGCUGACCUGUACGUUUCCUUGGCGGUGUUGUGCGGCGCGGUGCUCCUCAGCGAGGCGAUGCGCCACACCGCCGCGCGUCUUCUCCCCGGAGUUUACUGGAGUUACCUGCUGGAAGCGGCGUCCACCUUCCAGCUCUGCUGCUGCACCCAUGAGCUCAAACUGCUGGGUGAAACGGCCAAACUGGGGCUGCCGGUCAGCCUCACCCUCACCUACACCAUGACACUUAUCCACUUAUUAACUUUCCGGGAGGCGACGUGCAACCCCAGCGGGGCUCUGGAGAGCGUUUGCCGCGGGAAAAGAAGCGUCAGAGCGGCCGUCGUCCUCAUAGCCUGCCAGUUCGGCGCCGGGGUCGCCGCGCAGUUUUUCGCAGCGUCUGUUUGGUCGCUGGGUCUUUCCGACGUCCACAUCCGGCACCAGAGGUUCGGGUUCAGAUGCUUCGACCCCCUCGGUGGGACCCUGCUGGAGGCCGCGGCCGUUGAGCUGGGCUGCGCCUUCUUGGUGCAAGCUGCCGCCAUGCAUGCACACAAGCUGGACGAAAAACUUCGCGCGCACUUCAUCGCUGCUGCCAUCACUGCGGUGGUUUACGCAGGUGGAAGUAUAUCCGGCGCCGUCUUUAACCCCGCCCUGGCCUUCUCCGUCAUGUUCCCCUGCAGCGGACACACCUACCCCGAGUACUGCUUUGUCUACUGGCUCGGGCCGGUUUUAGGCGUGGCGAGCUGCAUCCUGCUGUUUGAGAAGAUUAUCCCCUUCCUGUCUGGGAAGAGCACCUUAACGCUGGACGUCCCUGCUGUCCAGAAACAGAAGAAGACUCAGUAGCGGUGACACGAGGACAAAGUCAUACACGUUUGUGUCUUAAGCUUUUUAUUCCACGCGUCUGGGUGGAUAAUACCAGUACAGCAUUUUUCCGUUUUGUCAUUAUCACUUAAGACGACAAAAUAAAUGCACUAAACAUAUUAACAUUAUAGCACAAUGUGACUACAAAGCUGUAAUGGAGGAGGCAAACAUCAGUGGGUUCAGCUCUUAAUGGGCAAAUUAACACAAAAGCGUUUAGACGUCACAGAAAAAGACGAUCCGUGUAACUGCAGAACUUGCCUGAGAAUAAUCGAGUUUUUAGGUUUUCUUCAGUAUAAAACUAAUCCAGUGAUUGCUAUCUGUACAUGUGUGUGUACAAUGCAAACAGGAACCGCUAAUAGAUCAUUCGGCUUAAUUUAAAUGGUGCUAACUACUUCGGCUGUGUUUUUAAGUGAAACUACUUCUAGUGCCUAAACAGAUAUUGAACCAAUAAAAAUUACAGGACUGACGGUAUCAGUCGGAACCAAAAGACCAUGCCAAGUAGAUCAUUUAAUGUUCAGUUGUACUUAAAAAAGCUAUAUUUUUAUAGUUCUUAUAACAGAGUUAAGGAUAUGCAAGGAUAUAAUUAAAGACUGUCAAAGCACAACACUAGAAGAAGUGUAUGUGACUGCAAUUCACUGCUAAGAAUGUAAGUGGUUAAUAUGCAGAUGGUUAUGACAUCGCAGCCACUUCAGUUUAUAAUUUACUCUCUGCACUUUGGUAGAUUUAUGAGCCUUUUUAUUGUCGCUGCAUUUAACUUUUUAUAACUGCAUCGAGUGGGACAGAAUUAAUCUCACCAAUGCCAACAGUCCUGAAUGUAUUCCUAAAUAAAUACAUGUGAAGGCAAAACAUAUGAUAUAAAAUAAAAGACAUCAAAACAUGUAAA